UACACAGGGGAACAACCAGAAGGUGCACAGAGGAAAAAGCCUCACCAAACAAAAACUUCCUCCACCACCACCUUCUUCAACACCCUCACCACCACCACUCCCUUCUCUUCUCUUCUUCUCUCACUCUCUACUUCUUUCUAUUCUACUAUUUUUCCCGCCAAAAAAUGACCAUCGGAAUCUGUAGAUAAACUUUUUUGUUUCUUUGUUUGCUUUUCUUUUUUUUUUUUUUUUGGGGGUAGUUUGUCUCUUUGCUUCGUUAAUGAAAUCGGCCCUCGCAAUCUGAUCCUCUGUGUCGCUCGCUCCUCAGAAAUGGGCAUGGAGUCCGCUCCCGGUCACUUCACUCUCAUGAAAAGAAAUAUGGUCUACGAUUCUGGGAGUACUCUUCAAUGUCGCCUUUUGCUCUUUGGCUCCUUGCUGAAGACAUUGAGGGUGAGAAUGCAUGUCCUGUGAUUUAUCUGAGAAAACAUGACUUGGUCAUCUAAGCCAACUCAAGAAAGGGGAUAUACCCUGUGUUGAACACUUGGAAUUAGAUUUUGAGGAAGUUCCGUAAGCUGAUUGGUGUAAACUGGUGGGUUCUCUGCUCGUUGUCUAAGAGAAUUCCUCUAUAAGUUGGAAAGCUAAAAGGGGUGAUGGAGGGAAGAUUGUUUUUAUUUCCUUAAGUCUGUUCUCGAAUUCAUAGAUGGCUUUGUCUUUACUUGUGAUGUCACAUAAAGCAUUGAAAGGGUGGAAAUCCAAUCCGUGCGUAUGGGCACCGUGAUUUGGAGAAUAUAUAACUGUUGUAAGAAGUGUUGAUGUUGCCUCUGAAGUUGUUCUUGUGAAGUUGGAUCAAGGAUCCUGUAACUAUUGUGUUUAGAAGAAGAGAAUAGAACAUGACGUUUAGAUUUUUCUGUGACGCCAAUGUAAUCUUCAAAACUUUUCGCCGGACUUUAAAGGGCUGAUUAUUACUACAUCCCCAGCACUACUAAAGAUAGGGAUUUAUGUGGAAAUCUGUGCAGUUACUGAUCCUAAUCUUGAAGAUUGUGGGAACACCAUGAUUGUGAAAGCAUACCCAUUGGGUAUGGUCCGUUUGGUAAAUAAUAAUAUUGUUCCUGAGGAUGAAGGAGAGUCUAGACUUGAGCCACGUGUGGGAUUAGAGUUCGAUUCAGCAGAUGAGGCUCGUGAGUUCUACAGUUUAUAUGCUAUGCGUGUGGGUUUCAAAAUCCGGACCGGUCAACUAUAUCGUUCACGUACUGAUGGGACAGUUUCAUCGAGGAGAUUUGUUUGCUCAAAGGAGGGCUUUCAGCUAAAUUCAAGGACUGGUUGUCCUGCUUUCAUAAGAGUGCAAAGACGUGAUUCUGGGAAGUGGGUUCUUGACCAAAUACAAAAGGAUCACAAUCAUGAACUUGGACUCACUGAGGAAAACCCAGUUCCUGUUCCACAGCAAAGGACCCCAACAGUUGCAAAAUCAUCAGCUCCCCCUAGGCCGAAGGUAAAACUGCUUAAUGAAGUUGAUGGUGGACAUACGAGUGCAUCUGGAGCCAUUACUGUUAAACGCCUUAAAAGGGCAGGUGAUGCAGGGCAUCCAAAAGCUGAACCAUGUGCAGGUCUGGAGUUCAAUUCAGCUAAUGAAGCGUACGAGUUUUAUCAUAUAUAUGCAGAAAGUGCUGGGUUCAGAAUUCGGAUUGGUCAGUUGUUUCGGUCAAAAGUUGAUGGAUCAAUCACAUCGCGGCGAUUUGUGUGCUCAAAGGAAGGGUUUCAGCACCCUUCAAGAGUAGGUUGUGGGGCAUUUAUGAGAAUUAAGAGGCAGGACAAUGGAACUUGGAUUGUAGACCGGCUUCAGAAAGAUCAUAAUCAUGAUCUUGAGCUGGGAAAUCUUAAGAAGACUUCUUCAACUUCAAAGAAAUUAAUGGAUGAUGUGAUUGGCGGUUUGGAUUCUGUGGAUCUAAUUGAACUAAACAAUGGUGGCCUUAUAAAAACUGGUCGAGAGAACAAUAUCGGGAGUGAUUGGUAUUGUUUACUACUUGAAUAUUUUCAGACUAGACAAGCAGAAGAUACAGGAUUCUUUUAUUCAGUGGAGGUCGAUAAUGGUAAUUGCAUGAGUGUCUUUUGGGCAGACAGCAUCUCUAGGUUCUCAUGCAGUCAGUUCGGUGAUGCUGUUGUUUUGGAUACUUCAUAUAGGAGGGGUAAUUAUUUGGUGCCAUUUGCAACAUUUGUUGGAGUUAAUCAUCACAAGCAGCCGGUGCUUCUUGCAUCUGCUCUGAUUGCUGACGAGUCUAAGGAAUCCUUCUUAUGGUUGUUUCAGACAUGGCUGCGGGCCAUGUCAGGGCGGCGCCCAAAGUCAAUUAUAGCUGAUCAAGAUUUGGCGAUCCAACAAGCAAUUGCGCAAGUGUUUCCUGGGACACACCAUCGUUUUUCAAUGUGGCAGAUUAGGGCCAAGGAGCGAGAGCAUUUCAGGUCAUUGCCCAAUGAAUUCAAAUAUGAUUAUGAGAAGUGCAUCUAUCAGAGUCAGACAACUGUUGAAUUUAAUACCAUGUGGAAUGCCAUCAUCAACAAAUAUGGAUUGAGGGAAAACCUCUGGCUGAAGGAGAUGUAUGAAAAGCGUGAAAGUUGGGUUCCAUUGUACUUACGGGGCACCUUUUUUGCUGGCAUCCCCCUGAAUGAAACUAUUGAAUCAUUUUUUGGUACUUUUCUGACUGCACUGACGCCCCUCAGGGAGUUUAUCCCUCGAUAUGAGCAAGGACUUCAACGGCGUCGCGAGGAUGAAAGAAAAGAGGAUUUUAACUCGUUUAACCUUCAGGCAUUUCUGCAAACAAAAGAACCAGUAGAAGAGCAAUGUAGAAGGCUAUAUACACUUAGUGUGUUCAAGAUAUUCCAGAAUGAACUUGUACAGUCUUAUAAUUAUCUUGGAAUAAAGACUUAUGAAGAAGGGACAAUCAGCAGAUUCUCUGUGCGGAAAUGUGGGAAUGAGAAUGAGAAACAUGCUGUUACCUUCAGUGCAUCCAACCUCAAUGUCAGUUGCAGCUGUCAGAUGUUUGAAUUUGAAGGCGUACUAUGCAGACAUGUCUUGAAAGUGUUCAACCUGUUGGAUAUAAGGGAACUUCCAUCACGUUAUGUCUUGCAUCGAUGGACAAAAAAUGCUGAAUUUGGUUUUGUACGCGAUAUUGAAUCAGGGGUAAGUUCUCAAGAACUCAAGGCUUUGAUGGUUUGGAGUUUAAGAGAAGCAGCCUGUAAAUAUAUAGAGUCUGGGGCAUCAUCUCUAGAAAAAUACAAGCUUGCCUAUGAGAUUAUGCGGGAGGGUGGGAAAAAACUUUGUUGGCAGAGAUAAAUGCCAGAAAGGAAGGUCAGAUAUCUUAAUAGGGGUUAGUUUUGUAGUUUAAAGUUCCUGUGUAGUUAAGGCUUUGUAAGGGUCUUUAGUUAUGUAACUGAAGACCAUUGACUUGCUUUGCUAAUAAUAUUUUGCCCUGCAUUCAAGUUGUGAA